AUACUAUAAUGUCCGUUGAAAACGCAUGGAAAGAAAAAGAACUUCAUGGAAGAUACCAUAACAUCCUUAACAACGAUGAAAACAUUGAUAAAACAGCAACUCUGAGUUGGUUGACAAGAGGAGGAAUAUUUCCUGAGACAGAAGGGUUUCUUUGUGCCAUACAGGACCAAAUAAUACCAACUAGAUCUUACCUGAAAUAUAUCGUAAAGGACGGAAACAUAAAGACGACCAAGUGUCGGAUGUGUAAUAAAGGACACGAAAAUGUCGAACACCUCAUAAGCUCAUGCGAAGUCCUAGCACCACGAGAGUACACAAAUCGGCACAACAACGUCGCAAAGAUACUCCACAUAGAGAUAUGCUACAAACUCAAAGUAAUCGAUUGUAAAACACCCUACUACAAAUACAACCCAAAAAAUGUAGCAGAGAACAACAACUUUAUGGUCUAUUGGGACAGAGAAAUUCAGACAGAUCGGGAGGUAAUACACAAUAGGCCAGAUAUUCUAAUCUUUGACAAACAGACUAAAGAAAUAACAAUAAUUGACAUAUCUGUGCCGGCUCCUGCUAACAUACAUAAAAAAGAAAAAGAGAAAAUUGAUAAGUACUUACUUCUAUCUGAGGACAUGAAAGAAACCUGGCAAGCUACAUGUGUGAGAGUUAUCCCUAUAGUAAUUGGAGCAACCGGUGAAAUUACCAAAAACCUAAAAAGGUACUUACAAGUUCUAGACCAGCCGUUCGGAAUACAUACAGAACUACAAAAAGCGGCGAUCCUGGGAACAUGCAAUGUUGUCCGUAAAGUACUCAACAAACCUGCGAAAGAACAAGAAAAAUAA